CGCAGUUAUACAGUUAAAAAAUACGGUCUAUGAUCACAUUGCAGCGAACUUCACUAUGUAUGUAAUUAUUUCGUAAAUGAGUUAUUCCAUUAUGGUUGAAUGUACUUAUAAUAAACAAAGUUCAUCGUGUCACAUAUCUCGCGAUACAUAAACAUCGCGAGAUCUUAGCGCUCGGUUGCUACUUCUGCAAACUGUAAGUUGUACUCUUCAGCAGGGAAGGCUUCUUUAACUGACAUGUCUGAGCGAAGCGGCAAGGUCCAGACGGUGCUGGGUCUGAUCGAGCCUGAUCAGCUAGGACGCACUAUGACCCACGAACACCUCACAAUGGCGUUCGAGUGCUGCCACGUUCCCCCGGCGCCAGGAGACGAGGAUCUUGCCACAGCUCCCAUUGAGAUGAAGAACAUUCACUGGUUGCAGCAAAAUCCGUACAGCCACAAGGAGAACCUGCUGUUGAAUCAGGAGACCGAGGCGGUGAAGGAGGAGUUACUUUGUUAUCGCAAAGCUGGGGGAGGCACCAUAGUGGAGAAUACCACUACGGGCCUUCAACGAAAUCUGCCCGUUCUACGCCAGUUAGCCAAGGACACCGGUGUACAUGUUUUAGCAGGAGCUGGGUACUAUGUGGAUGCCACACACUCUGAUGAGACCAAAAAGAUGACGGUUGAGAAGCUUACUGACAUUAUUGUCAGCGAGGUGCUGUACGGAGCAGACGGUACAGACAUUCGCUGUGGCGUGAUUGGUGAGAUCGGUACUAGCUGGCCAAUCACAGAGAGUGAGAAGAAGGUCCUGCGAGCCACUGCCCACGCUCAAACCCAGCUUGGCUGCCCAGUCAUCAUCCACCCCGGGCGGAACAAAGCUGCUCCCGCGGUGGCCAUCCGCAUUCUGCAAGAAGCAGGUGGAGACAUCUCCAAAACAGUCAUGUCUCACCUUGACAGGAGCAUAUUUGAUCAUGGCGAGCUGCUGGAGUUUGCAAAGAUGGGAAGCUAUCUUGAAUAUGAUCUUUUUGGCACAGAGAUGCUGAACUACACAUUUGAUCUUGAUGUUGACAUGCCCAGUGAUAGUCAGAGGGUUAAGAUCUUGGGUUUUCUGAUUAAGGAAGGUUAUGAAGACAGGCUCCUCAUCGCUCAUGACAUCCAUACCAAGAAUCGUCUCACAAAAUAUGGCGGUCACGGCUACUCGCACAUUCUGAAGAAUAUUGUCCCCAAAAUGCUGUCUCGUGGCAUCACCCAGAACCAGGUUGACAAAAUACUUAUCGACAAUCCUAAGCACUGGCUAACAUUUAAAUAAAAAUGGCCAAAAACAUGCUUAUUAUUAACCUUUUCAGAUCACGAAACCAAAGACACAUUUGUUUUUACAGGAACAUAAUAUUAUGUUAGUUUAUUCGAGAAAUGUCUCCACUUUGGUGCAUUCAUUUAUACUUGAAUGAUUAUUAAUUCAUUUAAGAUUGCGAUGAUAAAAUUAGCAUUGAUCAGGGGCAGGUUUAAAAGUACUUUUUUACUUAAAACUUUAUUUUGUUAAUUCAGAAUCACUGAUUCUUAAAUGUCCCUCACCAGAUUAAAAAGGACAUUAAGUCAUAAAAAAAGAAUCUUGCAUGUUAUAUAUGCAUCCCUUUGUUUGCUUUUGAAUUAAUGAAUGAAAGCGUGAAAUGGAAAUAUUCAUCUUAUGGAAUCAGCUACAUUUAGACAAAGCAGUUCAAUUGAUUAUGACAUACGGUUGCAAUAAAAUUAUUUAACUGUACUUCUGUUUUUGAUGAAAACAUGGUAAUAGUGUGAAAAUGUUUUUGUAUUCUCUGAAGACAUUUUUUGUAAAUAAGGAUAAAAAGACAGUUUGCCAUUGGGUUUUUUAUAUUGUGUAGCAGCAACAUUACAUAAAUGGGGAUGCAAUUCUGAAAUAUAAUGUUAUCCCUUUAAAACAACUGUUUCUUAGUUCUAAAAUACCUGACUGUAAGUCUACUUGCCUUGCACAUUCAAGCCUGAUGUUUCACAGCACAUUCAUUAUUGGAAGACAUGCAUUGCGACAGCUCAUUGUAGAGGACAGAGAGAUGAAGAUUCUCCGGAGCAGGUGGCCGCUCACAGUGACUCCUCUAGUAAAAUAAUGAUAUUGUCAUUUGCUUUGUGUCUCUGUAACAGUAAGCUAAUGUAAAAAGUGUGCUGUGAAUCAUCGAGUCUUUUUUUACAUAAAAACUUUUAUAAUUUUUUUUUCACAUUUGCAUAGAAAACCCAUUCCCUUUGUUGAUAAGUACACCUACAAUCUUUAGUAGGUAGAGUAUAUAAAUAUGGUGACUCAGUACUAAUAGCAAAAAAUGACACAUUUUUUGAGUAUUGCAAAUACGAGAACAACAUGUUUUCUAAUUUUGUAGUUACUGUAGCUUUGUGGUUCAGAAGUUUGUCAUAGCUUUGGCUUUGUUGAUUUCUGUAGUUGCACAUAUAUACGAUUUCUGUAAUUUCUCUGGCUUUGAGUCUUAUUCCAAAUUCAUAAAUAUGAUAGAAUAUAAUUUAUUCACAAUUAGUUUGAUGACACUGCACAUAUCUGACAAUGAUAAAUUAAACCAUUUAUAUAAAACUUAA